CAUCAAAAACUGUACCUAGGAGAUCAGGAGUAGUCCAACACAAUAAAUCCAUCAAUUUAGAGUCCAGCAAGCCAUAUAAGCCAAAUGUCGCCUCUCAAACAUUUGCAGGAAUCAAAGUAUCACGAAGGCCACUCAGUGAUGACACUAAUCAACAAAGGCUAAAGACUACUGCAGUAUCUGCUACAGCUUCGAAGUCUCUACAUGGCAAACACUUAUCAGCAUCAAGGCUAGAGUCAAGAGGAGAAACAAAGGUCCAGACCACAACUACUGAGCUUCGGGGUCCCCUCCAAACAAACCGUACAGCUGCAGUCAUAAGAAAACCACUUAGUCGUCCUUUGAGGAAGUCUACUGCACUCUUGGGUGGAAAUUAUGCACCCAUGGCAACUAAAGGCACCACACAUGCACCUACGCAAGUUGAGGCUUCCAACGAACUGUCUGAUCAAGUCAGAGAUCAAAUCAAAUCGAUUGAAACUAGCACUUCCUGUAGUACAGCCAAAGCUAGUUCCCAGGUAUCCUCUGCAUCUGCUGAUCUUCCAUAUGUACCUACAAAUGAAAAAUGUACAAAAAAUCUCCCUGAGAAACUCUCAGCAGCAACAGCAGAGCUUGCUGACCUUAAAAUCCAAUCUGGUAGUCAUUUAGCAGUUGGUGCAAAUAACCAACAUUUAAAAACACUUUCACUCAAUCAUGCUGCUAUCCCAGAGAAAAGUUGCAAAAAAGAAGGAGAAUGUACGCCUGUCUCUGAAAAACAAGGUGGUUUACAAAAUGAAUCGAGUGUAAUUCCUGAGUCAGAAUAUCAGGGAACUGGCAAGUCAAAUAGCAAUAGCAAAUCAGCAACUAGUGAAAGAGAUCAGUCAAAAGCUGCUGCAACCUGUGAUAGAUCUGUACAAGGAAAAACUUGCCAAAAAGAAAAUAAAGUUCCUGCUUCAGUCAGGCAGAGAGGUUCUCAAAUUAAAGAAUUGGGUGUUAUGUCUGAGUCAGGAUGUCAAGAAAGUCACAAGAUGAGUACAGAGUCAGCAACCAGUGCAAGUGCUCACCCAUCAAAAACAACUUUAUCUAAUGCUUCUACUAUACAAGAGAAAAAUUACCAAAAAAAAAAUGAACCUGUUUCUGCUUUAGGCAUACAAAAAUCUUCACAAAUUGAGGACUUGGCUGUUGUUACAAAGUCAGGAUGUGCAGAAAUGAGCAAGGAACCUGCCAAAAAUAUCAUUGCAAGUGCUGGAACUUCAGAAUCUCAAGAAGCCCCCCAAAAUUCUAGUGAACAUGCCUCGUCAACUACUAAAGAAAAAGAUGAGGAUUUUGAAUCUGGCAAGGAAGCAGUUUCAUCUAAGUCAGGGUAUGUAAAUAUUGUUAAAAUAUUUGAGUUGUGCUUGGUGCAAUAGCAAGCAUGUUGACUAUAAAUCACUGUAUAUUGAAAUAACAUUCCCUAUUAAAUACAAAUAAUUUUUUUUUAAGUCUGCUGUCUCCCGAGGCAGGGUUACCCAAAAAAGAAAGAAAGAAAUCCCCAAAGAGAAAAUACUUUCAUCAUUCAACACUUAUACCUCACUCACACAUAAUCACUGUUUUUGCAGAGGUGUCCAGAUAAUAAUAAUUAAUGUAGCAAAAAUUUGAUAGAUAUUAAAAUAUUUUUAACUUUUUUU